GGGUGAGAAGUGGGAAACCCUGGUUAACGCCGAAGCCAUUUUUCUGCAACAAUCAAACAAACAAACACCUUCCACAAAUCGUUACCUUGCUCGUGCAAUUUCCACUCUUCCAAAAGCAAUAACAGAGAAUCAAAAUUGAAUUCAACAACAACAAAAUGGCGUUAGAAAGCUACGUAGUGGUACACAACAUAGCAAAGAGACACAAUGUCGGAACACUAGCCCGAAGCGCAACAGCAUUCGGCGUAUCCGAACUAAUCCUCGUCGGUCGUAGAGAUUUCAACAGUUUCGGCAACCACGGUUCCUCAAACCAUCUCCGAUUUCGCCAUUUUCACUCGCUUCAAGAAGCUCGACAGUUUCUCAAGGACAAAGACUGUGAUAUCUGCGGCGUUGAGAUCACGCACGAUGCUCUACCGGUUAAUCAGCAUCCGUUCAAGAGAAGUACUGCUUUUUUGCUUGGGAACGAGGGUAGUGGUCUUUCUAGUAAGGAGUGUGAGAUUUGUGAUUUUUUUGUUUAUAUUCCGCAGUAUGGGUGUGGUACUGCGUCGUUGAAUGUUACUGUUGCUGCUUCGAUUGUACUGCAUCAAUUUGGAGUCUGGGCAGGUUUUGCUGAGAGAUCUCGUGAUGGAAAUAAAUUUGUUGUGGCAGAAAAACCAGCGAAACAGGGUCGACGAAAUUACUGCACGGAAACAGACGAUUCUAUCAUCGAAGAGCGUAAAGCCAAAAGAGAAAAUGCCGCCAAUGGUUUCUUUGAGGAGACCGAGAGUAGCUAUUCAUCUUCAAACCUCCUUGAUGCAUUGUUUGUUGAUGGUUGAUAGAAAAUGUGCGAUUUCUUGAUGAUCAAUUGACCAUUGAGAUUGUAGGUUGAGGACCUAAUUGCUUCACUUGUGGUAGAAGAGAUUCGAGAUCUUUGGUAUCUAAGCGUGGUUUUGAGAAAUCUGACUAUUAAAUGAUUUAUACCGUUUAUUUAGAAAGAGGCAUUAGCUAGAUGAAGGUUUCACUGUCAUUAGGCAUGUGUAUGUUGUUUUACAGUGUGAUUAGCUAAAACUGUCACCAAUGACAGGAAAUAAUUACAAGUUUGUAAAAAACAGUUUUGCUUGGAUUGAUUAACUUGUUACAUUGCAAUUUGCUCUAGUGAUGGACGAUGGUUUUGUAUGCAGUAUUAAAUAACAAACCUGUCUUCCUUCGUUAUA